GAUCAUGCUCAAUUAAAGCAAGAUUGUUCAAAGCAGGUAUGAGAGAGAGACGUGGAGGAACAUGAAACCCAUGGUACAGCGGAAACAGAAAGGAAGGAGCCAGGCAGGUGGUGCUGAGACGGGGGGGACAAACCUUUCCCAGAGGAGUAAGAAACCAACUCAUUCCAAGUGGAGUAAAUGGGAGUUGCUGGCUAUGAUUGUCCCCGUCCUCCUUCUGCUUUACAUCUUGCUGUGCUAUGAGAACUUCCAUUUCCACGUGGCUCAUAUGUAUGCUCACCUGGGGUACCCCAAUGCCCAACACAUUGUGGGGCAGAGAUAUCUGCAAGGAACUGGUGUGGAAAAGAAUGAGGAGAUGGCCAUGCAUUGGUUCAGGGAAGCUGCAGAGCAGGGCCACCCCCACUCCUCCUUUAACCUGGCUGUGGGAAAGCUGAAAAACAUGACCAUGUCACUUGACAAAGGGGAAGUGGAAAAUCUCCUCAGUGUGGCUGCAGGUCAUGGGCUCCAAGAAGCUCAGGAACUUUUAGACAUCAUCAUCAGGAACAGAAAUCUUCCUUGAUGGACCCCAAAAGAGAUGGCAGCACUCUCACCUUUCUACUCUUUUUAUUUGGCUACUGUAGCACAUCUUUUCUUCUUUGUCUUUGAUCAAUUUCUGGUCAUUUACUUUUAGAAACCUUAGAUGAGACACUGCAUUUGUCUUGCACUGGAUCACUGUACUUAGAAUGAAUGGCAUUUUGUAUUGUAUGAUGCAGGAAGAAAUACCAUUAUAUUCAGCCAUCUUGAUUUAACAUGACAGAACUUUGUCUUGAAUCCAACUUGAUCACCACUCAGCACAAAUUUGCUCAUACCUCAGUCUUACAACAAGCUGCUAUUCAAUUUUAUCAUAGUACAAAGAGUGCUCUGGGGAUGGGGAAAGGUAAUAGAAGUGAUCAGCAUAUAAAUAGCUUUCCUUUUGUUUGUAGCUCACUACAUUUGUACAGUGCUAGUGUCAUUCGCUUGCAAGUAGCUAGGAGCAGCUUACAUGCCAUGUGCGUGAACAGCCCAGGAGUGCGGG